GUGAAGAGCGUAGGUGCGGCCGCCUGCCCCUCAGUGUUUGUUGACAAAGCGCCAACGCUGCAGCCGUGAGUGACUGUUGCCGCCCCGCGGACCUUCUGCUGCUGCUGCUGCUGCUGCUGCUGCUGCUGCUGCUGCUGCCUGCGUGCCGGCGUGCGGUGCCUGUGGAGUGUGGUGCAUGGUGGAGGCGCAGAGCGAGGGAGAGGCGCGGCGCUGCUCUCCCAGGUAGAAUGCUGUUGAUGGAGAAGAUGCUGCCCCACCUCGGCUACGUGCAGCCCACCUUCCACGUGCUGAGCCAGCUGGCCCGCCCCGUGCCCCUGCCGCUGGGCCAGCAGAUGCCCCCCCUGCCCAGCCUGCCGCCCUUCGCCAGCCACGCAGCCCUCAAGCUGGGCGGCCUGCCCCCCGCCACGCACGACGGCGGCCCGCACUCUGUCGCAUACUCUGUGUUGGGGCGCGGCGGCGGUGGCGGCGGCGGCGGCUACCUGGAGCGGGCGGGAGGGGACCAUAGCAGCGGCCUGCCGCCCGGCCUGCCCUCACCCUACGACCGCGACGACGACAAAGACCCAGACGACGCAGACGGCGACGCGGCAGCCAAGAGGCGACGUUCACGCACCAAUUUCAACUCAUGGCAGCUGGAGGAGAUGGAGCGGGCGUUCGAGGGCUCCCACUACCCUGACGUGUUCAUGCGGGAAGCCCUCGCCAUGCGUCUGGGCCUCACCGAAAGCAGAGUCGCUGUGUGGUUCCAGAAUCGGCGAGCCAAGUGGCGCAAGAAGGAGCAAACGAGAAAGGGCCCGGGGCGCCCCGCCCACAACGCCCAUCCGCAGACGUGCUCGGGCGAGCCCAUCCCGCCAGAUGAACUGGAGCGGCGGGAGCGUGUCCGCCGCGAGAAGAAGCUCCUGAAGCAGCUGGAGCGGCAACAGCGGAAGCUUUCUCUGAAGGGCGUGCACGUGAGCCUGGAGCAGCUGCGCCGUGAGUACGAGAACCAGCACAAACCAGAGCCGGAGAUCGACGUGGUGGGCGACGCCUCGGACCAGGACGAGUCCCGAGACUUCUCCGACCUGGGUAUGGGCCCAGACUCCUCACAGGAGCCGCCCACGCCCACGCCCACGCCCACAGCCACGCCCUCCUCGCCCAAGAGCCCCGCCACACCGCCCGCUAAGCGGCCCCGCCCCUCUACCUUCUCCAUCGCGUCGCUGCUGUCUCUCUCCGAGCCCGCGGACUGCCCGCCCACCCCACACGACCCGCCGCCCGACGCCCGCGACGCCGCGCCGCCCUGCGAGGCCACGCCCCUCGCCGCCACCCGCAGUCCCGCCCCCCUGCCUCCCGUCCAGCCCUCCCCUGCGGGCCACCCACACCACCUCCCCCAGGACACCCCGGCCCGGGGAGAGGAGCGCGGCCCCCUGCCCCUGCCACACCUCCCGUCCUCCAUCAGCGUCAGCAUCAGGAGAUCCACGCCCUCGCCCGGGGACCCCUAGCCGCCCCCCCCGUGAGGUGCGGCGCCGCCCCUCGCCGCGGGGGUCACCCCCUCCCACUGACUGAAGCUUUAGUGUGUUGGUCUGUCCGGCAUGGCAGGGGGCGCCGACCCCGCCCUCCUGCAGCCGCGUGAUAUUAACUGUGCAAAGGACCGACAGCCAGACAGACCGACAGGUGUUCCCCCGACUAUCCGUGGCCGCGGACGGAGGCGAAACCACCACCACCACCACCACCACCACCACCACCACCCUCUCCCUCCCCUCACCCCUCCCCUCACCCCUCCCCUCACUCCUCACCCCUCACCCUCACCCCGCCGGAGAGCGGCCCUCAUCCGUAGCGCCUAAGUUCCCUCGGUCUUAUUUAUUCGUGUCAUAUCUCAUCGUGGUCUGGAGAUGAUAUAUUUAUGUUUCUGUUCCGUCUCGUGUGUCAGCGUCUGUCUGUACUCCCGUGUAAAAUGCAUAUCUAUGGAGACUGCUCGUGUAAAUAUAUCAACACAACUAUA